AUGUUCCAACUGCCCAACACAGAAGUGAAGAAGAUUCAGGUGGUGACGGGUCUUGAGGAUGUAGAACUGCUGGAGACAGAGUCCUGCUCAUUCGAGGUGACUCUCAGCCAUGCGUUUGUAGACGGCACCUGGACCAAGGAUGGCACCCGGCUCAAGUCCAAGCCCAGCUGCCGCAUCAGUGCCCAAGGAAAGAGACACAUCCUAACCCUCAACCGGGUCUCCCUGGGAGAUACAGGCGUGUUCUCUUUCCAAGCAGAGGACAUUCAAACAUCUGCUAGGCUUGUGGUCAGAGCCAGAGAUAUCAGAAUACUGAGGGAUCUAUUGGACGCAGAUGUGACUGAGAAAGAGAGUGUAUCUUUUGUCUGUGAGGUCAACCUGGAGAAUGUAGCUGGACAGUGGUACAUCAACAACAGCAGACUGAAAGCCAGAGACAGUGUCAAAGUUAAACACGAGGGUAAAAAGCAUACGCUCAUCAUUAAGUCUGUUAGACCGGAAGAUGCUGGCGAAAUCAAGUUCACUGCAGAGAGUGCAUCUUCAACUGCCACACUAAGCGUUGAAGAACUCCCAGUUGUGAUCCUCAAGCCGCUGAAGGUGAAGAUCGCCAUGUACAAGCACAGAGGCCUCCUGGAGUGCCAGGUGUCUCGCGCCAGUGCCCAGGUCAAGUGGUACAAGAACAACCGUGAGAUCGCUGCUGGCCGGAAGUUCCAGAUCCACAGCGACGACGUGUACCGGCAACUGAUAAUAGAGGACGUGGCCUCCUCCGAUGAGGACACCUACACCUGCGAUGCUGGCGAUGACAAGACGUCAUGUCAGCUACUGGUGGAGGAGCAGGCCAUCAGCAUAGUGCGAGGGCUCACCCCGGUUGUGGUGAUAGAACCCAAACAGGCCAAGUUCCGGGUGGAGACCAGCAUAAAGUCAGUGCGGCCCCCGAAGUGGACCCUGAACGGGCAGGUUCUGGUGGACAGCCAGGAGGUGCGGAUCGAGAAGGAGGGAACUGUGCACUGGCUCAUCUUCACGUCCACCAACAGCACCAUGUCCGGCCCGGUGCAGUUCACCUUUGGCAAGAGCAAAUCCACCGCACAGCUAACAGUCAAAGAGCGCCCAUUGGCUGUUGUUGAGGCUCUUGAAGACACAACCACCAAAGAGCACGGCUCAAUCACCCUGAGCUGCGGCUUCAGCCCCUCUCCCCGCCUGGUCCGCUGGUUCAAGGGGAAGAACCUGCUGUCGGACUCGGGAAAAUACAGCAUAAAAAGAGAGAAGAACCGGGCUGAGCUUACCAUUCAGAACCUUAGAGGAGCGGACUCAGGAGAGUAUCGCUGCCUGGCUGGAGGGUCAGAGAGCAAGGGCAUCCUCACUGUAGAAGUGCGCAGACUCAAGAUCAUAAAACACAUGGAGCAUGUGGAGGUGGAGGAGGAUGCCAACGCGACAUUCACAUGCGAGCUGAACUACGAGGUGCCCAGUGUGCAAUGGGUCCUCAAUGACCGGAUCCUCCACACAAACAACAUCCACAAGAUAAACAGCUCAGGGAAGAUCCACAGCCUCACCCUCAGGCGGCUGUCCCCGCAGCAGAGCCGGGUGACCUUUAAAGCCCCCGGGGUCAGUGAAGCAGCCAUUCUGAAAGUCAAAGAGAGGCCAGCUGUCUUUCUCAGGUCCCUGGAGGACAUGUCAGGGGAGGAGCGCAGCAACAUCUGUCUGACGUGCGAGGCCUCCAAACCCAAUGUGGUGCCCACCUGGAGGAAAGACGAGGUGGUCCUAGAGGCCAGUGAGAAGUACGAGAUUCUUCAGUCCGGAGGAUCCCUGGCCAUUAUCAUUCACGAUCUGUGCAAGGAUGACGCAGGGGAGUACGUCUGUGAUCUGGGCACCAGCCAGACUAAAGCCACUGUCACUGUUCAUGAUCUUCACAUUACCAUUGCCAAACGGCUGAAGACAACAUCAGUCCUCGUAGGGGACAACUGCAGCUUUGAAUGUGUGUUGUCGCACGAGCUGCUGGAGGAAGCCCUCUGGUUUCUGAACGGUCAGCUCGUGGUCAGCAACGGCAGGAUGCUACUCGCCAGCAACGGCCGGAGGCACAAAAUGAGCAUCGAGGAAGUCGCCAUCUCGGACGCUGGUGAUCUCAUCUUCACCAUCAAAGACCUCAGCUGCCAGACGUUGUUGUUUGUCCAAGAGAAGCCUGUGAGGGUGUUCAGGGACAUGCUCAACGUGCGGGUAACUCCAGGGGAAGACGCCGAGCUGAGCUGCGAGGUCACUAGACCGGAGUCGUACAUCAGGUGGUUGAAAAAUGGCCACGUCAUCCGAGAGGGCCCCAAGUACGAGAUCGUGCUGAAGGAUUACACGGUGAAGCUGAUCGUACGUAACGCCACUCUGUUGGACUCUGGGGAGUACUGCUGUGAAGCUGAAGGGAUCGCUACCAGGGCCAAGCUAGUGGUCAAAGACCUGCAGCACACGUUUGCCAAGGAGCUGCGGGACACGCGCGCCGAGGAGAAGACCAUGGUCAUCCUGGAGUGUGAGACCAAGCAGCCGGCCACCAAGGUCACCUGGUUCAAGGGCAUGGUGGUGAUCAGCACGGGCUCCAAGUACCUGACCAAGCAGAAGGGCGUCUAUCUCUCCCUCACCAUCUUCAACCUGGAGUGGGGCGACGAAGACGUGUACACCUGUGACGUCGGAACCAUGCAGUCCAAGGCCCAGCUGAUGGUGCACGGUCGGAAGGUCCUAAUUUUGGAUGAACUGGAGGACAUUGAGUGUUUGGAGGGGGAUACGGCCAUGCUCAGGUGUCGCAUCUGCCCGAGCGACUUAAUCGAGGUGAAAUGGUACCUCGAUGAGACGCAGCUGUACACAAACGACCUUAAUGAGAUCCAGGUGAAUCCGGGAGGGUAUCACUCUCUCGCCAUCAAACGGCUUGCCAGGAAAGACUCAGGCACCAUCUCCUUCGUGGCGGGAGACAAGCGAUCAUAUGCCUCGCUGCUCGUCCGAGAGAGGAGGCCCACGAUCCUACGGCCUUUGGAGGACACAGAGGCGAUCGAGGGAGGAACUCUGGUUCUGUCGUGCAGGACGUCGAAGCCGUGCCACAUCCUGUGGUAUAAAGACGGAUUCCUGGUGUGGAACUCCUCUAGGUUCUGGACCAGCCGGUCAGGGAACGAGGCCAGGCUCACUAUCCGGGAGGUGAUUGAUACUGACGCUGGGGUUUAUGAGUGUGAUGCUGGAGCAGUGAGCACUAAGGCCUCAGUCACAGUGAAAGCUGUGGCUGCUGAAUUUACUCGUAAGCUCGAGGAUGUGGACGGCAAAGAGGGGCAGAGUGUCACGCUCUCGUGCGAGUUUUCCAUGCCUGGUGUGGUCUACUUCUGGAGAAGAGGAGCGGAGACGCUGAGAGCAGGGGAUAAAUAUCAGAUGAAGCAGAAGAAGUUCGCCAUCCUGCUCACAAUCAAUGACCUUAAGGUUCACGACAGCGGAGAUUACAGUUGCGUGUGCCGGGACCAAAAGACUACCGCUAGCCUGAUAGUAACUGCCAUUCCGAUAUCUUUCCGACGAGAGCUGCGUAACCAGGAGGUGGAGGAGGGCCGGAGCGUGACCCUGCGCUGUGAGCUCUCCAAGCCCGGGGCGGCGUUUGAGUGGAGGAGAGGGGCAGAGACGCUGACCAGCGAGGGAGUGUACCAGAUCAAGCAGAGGGAUCUGAUGCUGGAGCUGAUCAUUAAGAAAGCCCUGGUGGAACACAGUGGCAUGUACAGCUGUGUGUGUGGAGACCAUAUAACCACAGCCACACUCAAAGUUAAGGCCCAGCCGGUGACCUUCAGGCAGAAGCUGCGGAGCGUGGCGGUGGAGGAGGGCAGCACGGUGAGUCUGCGCUGUGAGCUCUCCAAGGCCAACGCCGCGGUGGAGUGGAGGAGAGGAGAGGCGCUCCUCUGGAGCGGGGACAAGUACCAGAUGAAGCAGAGGGACAUCGUGGUGGAGAUGAAGAUCCUGGACACCACGCUGGCCGACAGUGGACUUUACAGCUGCAUCUGUGGCUAUCAGAAGACCACUGCCACUGUGACAGUGAAUACCAUUCAGGUCACCUUUAAGGAAAAGCUAAAGGAUCAGACGAUUGAGGAAGGCAACAACCUGACCCUGCGCUGUGAGCUCUCUAAGGCCGGAGUCCCAGUAGAGUGGAGGAAGGGUGGAGAGCUCAUCGAACCCGGAGAGAGGUUUCAGAUGAGGCUCAGACAAGCCACGGCCGAGCUCUUCAUCUUCGAGGCCGUCCCUGAGGACAGUGGAGUCUACAGCUGUGUGUAUGCCGAACAGAAGACAAAGGCCACCAUCAAAGUCACUGGUGUACCUGCCACCUUCAUCCAGUCCCUGAAGCAACAGGAGGUGUUGGAGGGAGGCGACGUGGUGUUCCGCUGUGAAAUCUCCAAAGCUGGAGUCCCAGUGGAGUGGUACAAAGGGGACAUGGGGAUCCAGGCCGGGCCCAAGUACCAGCUCAAGCAUGACGGGAGGUUCGCCGAGCUCCAGAUCAGGGACCUGCAGCCUGAGGACGCUGGGCCGUUUAGCUGCGUGACAGGGGGACAGAAGACCACAGCUGAAGUCAAAGUGAACGCGCAUCCGGUAACGUUCAAGCGGGAGCCUCAGGACCAGACGGCGAAGGAGGGGGACAGUGCCGUGUUCAGCUGCGAGGUCUCCAGACCUGGAGCUCCGGUGGAGUGGAGGAGAGGCAGACUGAUUCUGAAGUCGGGAGAGAAGUACGAGGUCAGGCAGGAUGGGAAGUACAAUAAGCUGGUGGUGCGGAAGGUGGAGGAGAGCGACGCCGGGAGGUACACCUGCAAGACUAAAGAUGUCCAGGCCGGGGCAGAGCUCCAUGUGAAAGCUCUUCCUCCUACAUUCAUCAAGGAGCUGAAGAACCUUGAGGCUGAAGAAGGCAAUGGCUUGAUGUUACGCGGUGAGCUCUCCAAACCCGGCGUGUCGGUGGAGUGGCGUAAGGGAGCAGAGCUGCUACGGACUGGCGAGAAGUAUCAGACGAGGCAGAGAGAGGGCGUGGUGGAGCUGUUGAUCAGGAAAGCUCUUCCAGAGGACAGUGGGAUCUACACCUGCAUCUGCAAAGAGCAGAAAACAGCAGCCAUUGUGUCCAUAACUGCAACCCCUGUGACAUUCAAGCAAAACCUGAAGAAUCAAGAGGCCGUGGAAGGGUACACUCUCACCUUGAGGUGUGAGAUGUCUAAACCUGGAGUUAUGGUCAAGUGGAGGAAGGAGGAUGAGCUGCUGACUGCAGGAGUGAAGUAUGAGAUGAAGAGGGAAGGGAAGAUUGUGGAGUUGCUCAUCAACGACGCGGCUCUGGAGGACAGUGGCGUAUACAGCUGCUCUGUAGGGGACCUGAAGACUACGGCAGAAGUGAAAGUGAGAGCUCUGCCUGUGACCUUCAAGCGAGAACUUCAGGACCAGGCAUCGAAGGAGGGCGACAGCGUGGUCUUCAGGUGUGAGCUGUCCAAGCCUGGUGCUCCCAUCGAGUGGAGGAAGGGGCGAGUAGUCCUGAUGCCCGGAGACAGAUAUGAGAUGAAACAGGAAGGCAAAUUCACCAAGCUGGUAAUAUCCUGCGUAGAGGAGAGUGAUGCUGGGAAGUACACAUGCAAAAGCAAAGACUCUGAGUCGAGUGCUGAGCUCACUGUUAAAGUUCCCCCCAUCACUUUCAAAAAGAAGCUGGUUAAUCAGGAGGUUGAGGAAGGAAACAAUGUCACGUUGAGCUGCAUGCUGUCGAAACCAGGCAUCCCAGUAGAGUGGAAAAGGGGAGACGAGGUCAUCAAGUCUGGAGAAACCUUCCAAAUCAUACAGAAAGACGCAACCAUGGAACUCUUCAUCAAGAAGGCACAAAAGGAAAACAGUGGCGUCUACAGCUGUGUGUGCGGAGACCAGAAAACCAAGGCAACCAUUAAAAUAUUUGAAAUUCCUGUGACAUUCAAGCAAAGUCUGAAGAACCAGGAGGCCUCGGAGGGAGGAUUGGUGAUCCUGAGGUGUGAGCUUUCUAAGGCCGGCGUCUCGGUGGAGUGGUGGAAAGGCGAAGACGAGAUCCUGCCCAGCACCAAGUACGUGAUUAAACACGAGGGUCAAUUCGCUGAGCUGCAAAUCAUCAACGUGAAACCCAAGGAUGUUGGGGAGUACAGCUGUGUGAUUGGAGAGAUGAGGACCACCGCAGAAGUGAAUGUCAGGGCGGCUGCCUCUGUGUACUUUGAGAAGGAGCUGGAGGACCUGGAGGCCACUGAAGGAGAGUCUGUCACCCUGAGCUGUGAGCUCUCAAAUCCCAACGCCCCAGUGACCUGGAAGAAGGACUCCGAAACCCUCAACCAAGGGGCCAGGGUCUCCCUGCAGCAAGAGGGCACCACACACAUACUGGAAAUCCGCCGACUGAAGCCAGAGGAUGCCGGAGUUUACACCUGUAACACGCGAGGCAAGGUGACCAAAGCGAUACUGAAGGUCAAAGAAAAUGUGAAGAUAGUGUCAGGGCUACGGGACCUGAGUGUCACCGCUGGAGAGGACGCCCACUUCAUGUGUGAGGUGUCCCAUGACGACUACGAGGAUGGCAUGUGGUGGCUGGGCUCCACCGUCCUGCAGAGGAACGAGAUGAACCAGAUGAGCUGCCGGGGCCGGGAGCAUCACCUGAUGCUCACCAAGGCCACCGCAGAGGAGGCCGGCAUCGUGGCGUUCGCCGUGGGGAACGAGAGAACCUCAGCUCGCCUGCGCGUGCUGAGCAAACCCAAAGUCUUAAUCGAACAGAAGUUGAAAGACACCACCGUCUUCGAGGGAGGGACGGCUACCCUAUCCUGCGUGACCUCUGACACGCGCACCCCGGUCGCCUGGAAGCGUAAAAACGUGGUUCUCUUAACGGGAGAGAAGUAUGAGCUGCGCAAGGAAGGGAAGCUGAACCUUCUGCUGAUUCACAGUGUAGAAAAAGAGGACACUGGAUUAUACACGUGUGACACUGGUGACAUGCAGUGCAGUGCCACUCUCACUGUCAAAGAGCAUCCCCUGCGUUUCCAGGAAGAGUUGCAAGGCAAAGAGGUUGAAGAGGGCGACACAGUUCUGUUGUGCUGCGAGCUCUCUAAGCCUGGCGUGCGGGUGGAAUGGAGGAAGGGCCGGGUGCUGCUGAGACCUGGUGAGAAGUACGAGAUGAGGCAGGAUGGCUGUGAGCUGCAGCUGCGUAUCCAUGACGUCAGCGGUCAGGAUAAGGGAGACUACACAUGCUCCGCCGGAGAUUUGCAAACUACUGCCAUCGUCAAAGUGAAAGAGUAUCCUCUCCUCUUCCGGGAGGAGCUGCAGAGCCAGAGGGUAGAUGAGGGGAAGACGGCGGUCCUGUGCUGUGAGCUCUCUAAGCCUGGCGUGCCGGCGGAAUGGAGGAAGGGUCGGGCGCUGCUGAAACAUGGUGGCAAGUACGAGAUGAGGCAGGAUGGCUGUGAGCUGCAGCUCCGUAUCCAUGACGUCAGCCCGCUGGAUAAGGGAGACUACACAUGCUCCGCUGGAGAUCAGCAGACCACAGGCUCACUGAGAGUAAAAGAGAAGCCCUUAUUCUUCCAGGAAGAGCUGCAGAGCCAAGAAGCCGACGAGGGGGAGACGGUCCUCCUGAACUGCGAGCUCUCUAAGCCUGGCGAGCGGGUGGAAUGGAGGAAGGGCCGGGUGCUGCUGAGACCUGGAGGGAAGUACGAGAUGAAGCAGGAUGGCUGUGAGCUGCAGCUGCGUGUCCAUGACGUCAGCGGUCAGGAUAAUGGAGACUACACAUGCUCCGCCGGAGACCAGCAGACCACAGCCCAAGUCAGAGUUAAAGAGCACCCCCUGUUCUUUGAAAAAGAACUGCAGAGUCAGGAGGUUGAGGAGGGCGAGACAGUGGUCCUCUGCUGCGAGCUCUCUAAGCCUGAUGUGCCGGCGGAAUGGAGGAAGGGUCGGGUGCUGCUCAGAGCUGGUGGCAAGUACGAGAUGAAGCAGGACGGAUGUGCGCUGCAACUGCGUAUCCAUGACGUCAGCCCGCAGGAUAAGGGAGACUACAAGUGUGCUGCUGGAGACCAAUACACCACAGCUUCAAUCAGGGUGAAAGAGCACCCCCUGUUCUUCCAGGAAGAGCUGCAGAGCCAGGAAGUAGAUGAGGGCGAGACGGUCCUCCUGUGCUGUGAGCUCUCUAAGCCUGGCGUGCCAGUGGAAUGGAGGAAGGGUCGAGUGCUGCUGAGGUCUGGUGGCAAGUACAAGAUAAAACAGGAUGAAUGUGAGCUGCAGCUGCGUAUCCAGGACGUCAGUGCUCAGGAUAAUGGAGACUACACAUGCUCCGCUGGAGACCAGCAGACCAAAGCCACUGUAACAGUUAAAGAGUACCCCCUCUUCUUCCACAAAGAGCUGGAGAGCCUAGAGGCAAAGGAAGGUGAAACAAUCUUCUUGAACUGUGAACUCUCUAAGCCUGAAGUGCCAGUGCAGUGGAGGAAGGGCCGAGUUUUACUAAGGCCUGGUGGCAAGUAUGAGAUGAAGCACACUGAUUGUGAGCUGCAGCUGUGUAUCCAUGAUGUCAGCACCCAGGAUAAGGGAGAAUACACAUGCUCUACUGGGGAUCAGCAGACUACAGCCUUUGUGACAGUAAAAGAGGUGCCUCUGGUCUUCCACAAAGAGCUCCAAAAUCAAGAGGCAGAGGAGGGUGACACUCUCAUUUUGUACUGUGAACUCUCUAAACCUGGAGUCACUGCACAGUGGAAGAAGGAAAAUGCUCCUCUGAGGUCUGGUUUGAAGUAUGAAAUCAAACAAAAUGGCUGUCAGCUAGAGCUACGAAUCAUUAAUAUUAACCCCCAGGAUAAAGGGUGCUACGCAUGUUCUGCUGGUACUGUUCAAACCACAGCGUCUGUAGCAGUGAAAGAUGUCAGGCCUGUUCCUAAAGAUGAGCCAAAACCUAAACCAGAUACAGUUAAGCCUGUUGCACCCCCUGCUAAACCUGUGACUAAGGCAGGGAAAGCAGACCUGGAAAAGGAGACAGUGGUAAAGCAGCCUGAUAGGGAUGUCAGUGAUGAGAAAAAUGUGGAUAAAGAUCUCAGGAAGAAAACAUUAACAAGGCAAAAAGUGGAAGAUGACAGCGUGUCCAAGAUUGAAGAGAGUAACUAUGCCAAAGAGGAACCGACAGAACCAGUCCCUAAAGUGGUCUCAAGAUCUGUUGGGCAGCAGAGGCAAGGUUCUGUCAGCAUUCAAGAUGAAGGCCCACGGGAGGCCGUCCUACCAAAAGAAGCGAUGAAAGAACCCAUCAAAGGGACCGCCAAAGAGCCCAUCAGAGAGACCGUCAAAGAGCCUGCCAAAGAGACCGCCAAAGAGCCCGUCAAAGAGACCGCCAAAGAGCCCGCCAAAGAGCCCGCCAAAGAGACCGUCAAAGGGACCGCCAAAGAGCCCGUCCAAGAGACCGCCAAAGAGCCCGCCAAAGAGCCCGCCAAAGAGCCCGUCAAAGAGACCGUCAAAGGGACCGCCAAAGAGCCCGUCCAAGAGACCGUCAAAGGGACCGCCAAAGAGUCAGUCAAAGAGACCGUCAAAGAGACCGUCAAAGGGACCGUCAAAGAGACCGUCAAAGAGACCGUCAAAGGGACCGCCAAAGAGCCCGUCAAAGAGACCGUCAAAGAGACCAUCAAAGAGACCAUCAAAGAGACCGACAAAGGUGCAGAACAGCUGCCUGUUCCUCCAAAAAGGAGAAGAAGUCUCAGACCUACAGAGGUUAAACAUGAAGAGACGACAAAAAGCAAAGAAAGCAUUCAUAGUCCUGUUGAAGUCACUACAGACACUGCUGCAAUUCAGAAAAACAAAGGAGUGGUAAGCUCAUCUGCAGACAAAAAAGAUGAAAUAACUGUCUCUCCUCAGGAAAGCAAGGCACACAUCAAGAGCCCUACUGAAGUCACCAAGGAACCCAGGAAAAGUGAGGAACCCACCAGAGAAAUCACUGUCACUAAAGAAAGUGCCGUUUCCCUCCAAACCAAUGAAGCAUCAGUCAAAGCUGCUAAAAAGGGUACAGAGGAAAUCACCGCCCCAGUUCGGAGAAGAAAGAUGUCUGGACAGAUAUCACAAGAAGGCCCAGGAGAAACUCAUGUUGCUCUCAUCCAGAAAAAUGUGGAACCUAACAAAGCUGCAGCAAAAACUUCAGAGGAAUACAAUGCUGCUAUACAGAAGAAAGAUGAAUCUAAUAAGACUUUAAGAAGACCUUCAGAAGGACAAAUACCUGCUGUUCAGAAGAACAAUGAACCAGUUAAAACUGCUACAGAAGUGUCAGAAGUGCCAACUGUUCCUGUUCGAAAGAACAAAGUAUCGAUUAAAGCAGCAGCAGCACCCCCUGAACAACCUGCUGCUCUUGUAGAGACAGACAAAAAAGCCAUAACUUCCAAACAGUCUGUGGAUGUAGAACCCACUGUCCAGAAAAACAAAGAACCCGUCAAAAUAUCAACAAAAGAUACAGUGGAAUCCACUGUUCCUGUUCAUAAGAAUGGAGAACCUGUCAAACUUGCUCCAGCAACAAAGGAUGAAUCUGCCAUUACUGCACAGAAAAACAAAGAACCCAGUAAAAUUGCAACCAGACAUGCAGAGGAAUCCAUUGUUUCUUUGCAGAAGAAUGGAGAACCCGUCAAGCUUGAAACAAUGCCUAAAGAAGAUUCCAUUAUUCCUAUGCAGGAGAACAAAGAACCAACCAAAACAGGAGCAAGACAUCCAGAGGAACCCAUUGUUUCUGUACAGAAGAAUGGUGAACCCAUCAAGACACCUGUGCAGCAGAACGAUGAAGCAAUCAAAGCUGCAGCAUCACCUGCAGAGGGAUCCAUUAGUCCUAUCCAGAAAAACAAAGAAACAAUCAAAAUCGCACAGCAAACUCCAGAGGAGUCUAAACCUUCUGUUCAGACAGACAAACAACCCAUUCUAAUUUCAGCAGGACACAAAGAGGAAGCUAUUAUUUCUGAGGAGCAAUUGAUUGAGCUUGAAGAACAAAAAGAGUCAAGCAUAGACAUAAGUGUAGAGGAGGAACCAGAGAUGCUGGAAGCAGCCAUCAAGAUCCAAGCAGCGUUCAAAGGCUACAAAACUCGCAAGGAUAUGCGGCCUGUCUUCAAAGAAGUGUUCAAGAACCAAAAUGUGGCGUUAAAUGGCACUAUUCAUCUUCAGUGUAUUGUAGAGGGUAAGCCCAAUACAGUGCAAUGGUUGAAAGAUGGUCAGGAGAUCAGAUCAAGCAUACGCUUCCAUAUCAAGAGGCAAGAUGAUGGUUCCUGCUCACUGAUAGUUGACAAAGUAACUCAGAAGGACACAGGAGUAUACACAUGUGAAGCAAUAAACAAGUUUGGAACUGUAAGCUACAAUGGAAAUGUAACAGUAGAGACCUCUCCAAGGCCUAUUCAACAAGCUCCAGUAAAACCACCUACUGCUUUAGUUCCUGAAAUUGGAACCGAAUCGGAACCAGAACUUGUAUCGGAACCUUUAAGACUAGAAGGAGGAUCCUUGCGGCAGGUGUAUGAUCUCCCAAAGGUUGAGCAAUAUGUUGGAGCCAAAGAGAAACGCAGAAGUCUUAUUUCAUCAAGCUCUGUGUCUUGUGCCUCUGAUUAUGACACAGCACCAGAUGGGGCAGAAUCUCUGUCUGACUUUGGGUCCAGAGACUUCCCAACAAAAGAAAAAGAGUUGAAGAAAGCACCAUCAGGCAGUGAGCUGCCAGAAACUACUGAGGAGCUUCCAAGCAUCGAUCUUCAACCCCUAAAGCCUUCCUCACAGCUUCAAGUCCAGGGUGGUAUCGCUGUGAGUAGGACCCCCUCUCCAAAAUACUCACCUUCCCAUAAGCCAUCUGCCAAUGAGUCCCUCUCAGAAUCCGAUGGAGAGGAAGACAGAGGAGAGAUAUUUGAUAUCUAUGUGGCCAAAUGUGAUUGCAACCCCACUGGGGGUCACAAGGAGACCUUUGUGCUGAAAGAGGGGCAGUAUGUGGAGGUGCUGGACUCUGUGCAUCCUACACGUUGGUUGGUGCGCACCAAACCGACCAAAAUCACUCAAGCUCGCCAAGGCUGGGUGUCACCAGCAUACCUGGAAAAGAGAGGAAGGGAGCCAUUUUCAAUGUUAUUAGAGCCACAGAUGUAUGAGAAAGCGGGAAAGGAACCCACCAAGGAUGAAUUUAAGAACACUGUGAGUGAGCUGAUCCAGGGUCUUCUCAGUGGAGAGGAAGAGUUUGUGAGGGAGCUGAGUUUCUUCGUGUCCCACCAUCUGCGCUUCAUAGAGACCAGCUCCAAGGUGCCUCUCACCAUUUUCAGCCAGAAGGAGUACAUGUUCCGCAAUAUCAAAGAGAUCACAAACUUCCAUGAAAGGUCAGUUCUUCCUAAGCUGAUGGAAUGUUCCACAGACGAUGAUGUGGCUAUGUGCUUUGUGAGCCAAGCGUCCGACUUUGAGAAGUACCUUCAGUACAUUGUGGGCCAGUCCCAAGCUGAGGCCUGCCUCAAUGAAAAGAACACCCAGCACUUCUUCCAGAAGUACCAAGAGACUGAGUUGGCACGACGACAUACCGAGGUGCUAAGUGUCAGCACUUAUUUGCAGAGGCCACUGGAGAGGAUAGAGAUGUACAAGUCCCUGCUGAAGGAGCUCAUAAGGAACAAGGCCAAGUUUAAGCGAAGCUGCUGUCUGCUGGAGGACGCGUUCUCUGUGGUGUCCAGUCUGCCCUGGCGUGCUGAGAACAUGGAACAGGUGGCCAUGAUAGAGAAUUACCCCGCCCCACUCAGUGGACUCGGAGAACCCAUCCGUCAGGGUCCAUUUACAGUGUGGGAGGAGUCACCUGGAACCAAGCUAUCAUUCCGCGGGCAACAACGUCACGUCUUCCUCUUCAAAGACUGCGUCAUCUUCUGCAAGCUCAAGAAAGACCCUGACACACACGGCGACACCUACAUAUUCAAAAACAAGAUGAAGCUGGGUGAUAUUGAAGUGAAGGAGUCUGUGGAGGGAGACGAGCGGGCCUGGGGUUUAUGGCACGAGCACCGCGGCACCGUGCGCAAGAUCACCCUGCAGUCGCGCUCCGUCCUCCUCAAACUGUCCUGGCUCAAGGACCUCAGAGAGCUGCGCCAGUGCAGCUGCCUCCCCUCGCGCUGCGCACCUCACUUUGACCUACUACUGGGCGACUGCACCACCAAACUCGGGCAGACAGUCAAAUUGUCCUGCAAGGUCACGGGAUCUCCCAGACCGGAGGUCACUUGGUACAAAGAUGGUCAGGCCGUGGAGGUGGAUGAGCAGCACAUGGUCUCUGAGAGCAACACGGGCUCCUGCUGUCUGGUGCUGACCGGGGUGAGCAUGGAGGACUCGGGCCAGUACAUGUGCUACGCCACCAGCUGCAUGGGCAAUGCCAGCGCCCUGGCAAAGAUCGUGGUGGAUGUGCCUCCUAGCUUCAAGAUUAAACUUCAGAAUGUUCAGCUAGACAUUGGGAAGGAUGUCCAGUUCCAGUGUUCUACACUAUGCACUCCUUUACCCAGAAUCAGGUGGUUCAAAAACAGUAAACUCUUGGAGAACCAGAAGAAGUACCAGAUUGACUGUGACGCCCAGACUGGAGUGCUCACACUGACCAUAAAGAGGGCUGGAAAGGUAGACCUGGGUCUUUACGAGUGUGAGCUGUGGAAUAAGAUCGGAAGUGCCAAGUGCAAAGCUGAACUUUGCCGUCCGCCCGCUACUCCCACGGAACCUGUCCCAGAGAAAGCCCAACCAGUCUCUGCCAAAGAACCAGAGCCAGAAUCCGACACCUGGUCCGGCUCCCUGGUGAAGAACUGGUUCCAGAUGGACUUGACCCCCUCUGGCAUCUGCAAAAUGCUCUUCCAGCCCGGCUACGCUGAACCAGCUACUGCAACCACUGGGGGAGCUGGGCCCAAGCAGAAGAAGGACAUGGCUCCGAAGAAGCCUGAAGCAGUGCUAAAAAAGGCUGACAGUGUGUCUAAAAAGCCUGCAACAGCUGCUGUGACGGUUGCUGUCGCCGAAGAAGAAGAGGAAAUAGAGACAGAUCCACCCUCCAUCCAGGUUCCCAUAGAGGAUCAGUGUGUGAAACUCGGACAGCCUGUCAGUUUCACUACCAUCAUUACAGGACAGCCUCAACCGGAGAUUUACUGGCUUAAGGAUGGAAUGGAGGUGCUGCCCACUGAGAACGUGGAGAUGGUGUUCUUCGGGGCGCGGAGCUCUCUGAACGUGUUUAGUGUGACGCAGGAGGACUGUGGCACUUACACCUGCGAGGCGGAGAACAGUACGGGCCUGGUGGACUGCCAUGCCCAGCUUACGCUGGAGUCAGAGGUCCCAGAGGUGGCAACACUGGAGGCGACAGAGGUGGAAUUGGGCAGAAGAAAGCUGCUCUCGGUCUAUGAAGUCCAUGAUGAGAUAGGAAGGGGCACGUUUGGGGUGGUAAAGAAAGUGACUCACCGAGCGACAGGAGAGCCCUUUGCUGCCAAGUUCUUGCCUCUGAAGAGCAGCACAAGAACCAGGGCCUUUCAGGAGAGGGACUUACUGUCUCGCAUUGCCCACCCCAGAGUGGCCUGCCUCCUGGACUUCUUCGUUACACGACGCACUUUGCUUCUGGUUACAGAAAUGUGUUCUUCUCAGGCACUUCUUGAUCAUUUAUUGAUGAAAGGGUCUGUAAAGGAAACAGAGGUUCAGAUGUUUAUUCAGCAAGUUCUGGAGGGCAUUGCUCAUAUUCACAGUCUAAACAUCCUGCAUUUGGAUAUUAAAACUGACAACAUCCUGAUGAUAUCUCCAGCCAGAGAAGAGGUGAAGAUCAUUGACUUUGGAUUCUGCCAGGAGAUAGACUCAUCCAGGCAUCAGUACAGCAAGUUUGGAACUCCUGAGUUUGUGGCUCCAGAAGUUGUCCACCAGGAACCUGUGACAACAGGAACCGACAUUUGGGCUCUGGGUGUUGUGGCUUACUUAUGUCUGACGUGCCAUUGCCCGUUCUUCGGAGAGAACGAUCGGGCCACCCUCAUGAAAGUUGCCGAGGGAACACUGUUUUGGGACACCCCUGAGGUGACAUGCAGGAGUCCGGAGGCCCAGGAUUUCCUUCGCAAAGUGCUCCAUCCACUUCCAGAAAUGCGACCAUCAGCCUUUGAAUGCUUGUCUCACGAGUGGUUUCUGGGUCAGAGUGCUGAGGAGGAGCCUGGAGACAUAAACACAAAGAACCUGAGAUCUUUCAUCUCCAGGAGGAAGUGGCAGCGUUCUCUCACGUGCCUGGGCUCCGUCCUCACCCUGAGGCCCAUGGCGGACCUGCUGGACGCUCCCCCCGAGGAGGUGUCGGUCACGGCGCCGCGCGAGCCCCAGGAGCCCAGCAGCACCUCCCAGAGCAGCGGCUCCUCCUCGGAGUACGACGAGGCCGACGCCUGGGAGUGCUUCCAGCACUUCAGCCCCGAGGACGAGGACUGGGACGAGGACGAAGACGAGGAGGACGAGGAGGAGCUGGAGGAGGAGGAGGAGGAGCCGGAGGAGGAAGGCGAGUACGACCCCCGCGCGCAGGUCUCGGAGAAGGGCCGGACGCUGGCGGAGCUGGGCCGAGCCCGGCUGGACGAGGAGGAGGAGCUGAUUUCGGAGCGCGGGAGCGGCCCACGGGGGGCGCUGACGUUCCCCGCCGGCAACAAACGCAGCAGCAGCCCGUCGCUGUACCUGUCGGAGGGCGACGAGAGCUCGGCGGGCAGCGAGGGCCGCGCCAUCAUCCCGCGCGGGCGCCUCAUCCGCAGCACCUUCUACAGCAGCUCGCAGCAGCUCUCGCCCAUGUCGGCGCGCCACAUGCUGCUGCGCGACAAGCAGCACGCCGCCCGCAAGCAGGACCGCGGGCGCAAGCCGCUCCGCUCCAGCCUGUCGGGCCGCCUCAACGAGCCGCUCAUCGAGUACGUGGAGGACGCGCCCGAGGCGGGCACGGGGGCAGGGGGCGGCCUGGGCGAAGGGGGCGCCCGCGGCCAGAGGAGGGGCUCGGUGCACGCCGCCAUGCUCAAGUCGUGCUCGUUCGACAGCGGCGUCAGCCUCACGCACCCGCUGCCGUACCAGCGCAGGAGCCGCUCCCUGGACGAGUCCACGCGGAGGAGGUCGCGGGCCUCCGCCGAGCUGCGGGAGCCCGGCGAGGAAGAGGAGGAGGAGGAGGAGGAGGAGGAAGAGGAGGACACGACGUUCAGCCACAAGGACGACUUCACCGACGAGGAGGCGCAGCAGAGCGUAUCGCCAGCGGCGGUCAGCGACGCGAGGAGGAGACAGAGCGUGGUGGCGAAAGUGAAGCCCAGAACACAAGGGGCGGACGAGGAGGAGGUCGCGGAGGAGGACAGCGCUGUGGUCAGCCAGUCCCAGGCCCCUGUGAGGACACGAGAGGCGUCCAGGCCUCUGGCCCGCGGGGAGAACUUGAGCGGUUCCCAGGUGUCUGUCGCGGAGUCUUACGAGCUGGGCUCUGGAAUGUCCAGCCGAACGGGCUCCUUGGACGACUUCUCCCCCAGCCGCCUGACCGCUCCCAGGAGACGGCUGUCCUCCUCCGGGAUGACCUCGCCUUCGUCUUUCCUGCACGGCUCCGACGAGGAGGAGGAGGAGGAGGAGCAGGAGGAAGCUCGCAAGCCCCCCACACCCCCGAGCCGGAGGUACGGGUCGAGGCUCAGCCUGCAGGUGGAGAGGGGCGACCUCUCCCUGAAGCGCAGCCCGUCGCGACUCUCCGACCAGGUGCCCGCGACCAUCCCGGGCGACGGCGGCGGCGAGGUCCUCCAGAGGCACGCCUCCGCCCCGGCCCUGGAGGUCAAGCCGCCCCCCGGCAAGUCCCCCAAGAUCGGCCUCAUGAAGCUGUUCCGCCGGCAGUCCUGGACGGGCCACUCGUCCUCCCAGCCGGAGGGAGUGGACAGGAAGCAGAAGGAGGCGGAGCAGGCCGUGCCCAAGAGCCCCAUGCUCACGCUGAAGAAGAAGAUGAGGGCCUCGGCCUCCAGCCUCACCAAGCUCUUCACCCGCCAGUCCAGCAAAGAGGAGAAGAAAGGCGGGCCCAUUUAUAAAGGUCCUGCCCCAGUGGCUCCAGAGAAGAAGCACAAGGCCCACACUCGCUCUGCGCCUACGCUGACCGCCCCCGCCCCCGCCCCCGUCCCGAGCAGCCCUCAGAAGAGAGCCGCCAAGCUCUUGAAGUCCAUUAAAGUGCCCACCUUCAAGAAAAGCAAAGAGGUGGCAGUCCGCCCGGCAAGGCCAGAUGUGCACCAGCUGGCAGGAGGUGGCGUGUUGCUGGUGUGGAGACCUGUCAAGUCCAGCGAGCCCUUCACCUACUGCCUACAGUACAGCACUGCAGGUGGCGUUGUGGAGUGGAAGAUGUUGGUAGAGGAUGUGACUGACAGCUGCUACACCGUCACCACCUUGCCCAAGGGUCCGGGCUAUGUGUUCAGAGUCGGCUGUGUCACUAAAACAGGAGCCGGGCCCUUUAGUGAUCCCACAAUCCUGGCCUUCAUGGUGGUCCAACAUGAAGACUCCCACAUUCCUCUCAUUCAAAAGGAAUCACUCCGAUCAAAGGUCAUCGUGUCAGGGGCCCAGGGGGCCCACAAGAUCUACUCUUUCCUCUCGGAAAUCAACAGGGGUCGCUUCAGUGUGGUUGCCCAGUGUCGCGAGGAGCAGAGCCAGCAGCACCUGGCGGCCAAGAUCACGCCCUACCGGGCCGAGCAGCGCCAGCUGGUCCUACGGGAGUACCAGCUCCUCAAGAGGCUCAACCACCCACACCUGGUGCAGCUGCAUUCGGCCAUCAUCAGCCCCGAGUACCUGGUGCUCCUGGAGGAGCUGUGUGCCGGGCGGGAGCUCCUCUACAACCUGGCCGAGAGGGAUGCCUAUGCAGAGGUGGACGUGAGUGAGCUCCUGGUGCAGAUCCUGAGUGCUGUGGACUACCUGCACAGCCGCCGCAUGGUGCACCUGGACCUCAAGUCGGACAACAUGCUGGUGACGGACGGCAACGUGGUGAAGAUCGUGGACCUGGGCUCGGCGCAGCUCUACACGCUGGGCCAGGCCGUCACCGUGGAGCACCUCAAAGAGCUGACGGAGAGCAAGGCUCCUGAAAUCUUGGAAGGCCAAGGAGUUGGACCUGAAACAGAUAUCUGGGCAAUUGGCGUACUGGCUUUUAUCAUGCUCAGCGCAGACAGCCCGUUUCAUGCCGACCUGAACUGGGAAAGGGAUCGCAACAUCAAGAAGGGCAAGAUCCAGUUUGGCCGCUGCUACCCAGGCCUGUCGGAAGGAGCCAUCAAUUUCAUGAAGAGCACGCUCAACAACAAAGCCUGGGGGAGACCCUCGGCUGGGGAGUGCCUCCAGAACCCCUGGAUCCGUGGGGACGCCCGUGCCGCGGCCAGACCCAGAGACUCCAUGGUCUGCUUCUCCACUGACAAACUGCAGGCCUUCCUCCAGGAGCGUGAGGUCAAGCGAGACCACAUCCGAACCAAGGCUAAGGUUCCGCUUCUGCAGUAGGGGACUUCUGGAGGGGGGGCCCUGAACUAUCAACAGGGGAACUGCUUUAAAAUGUGAAAAUGUGAAUCUAUUUGUGAGAUCUUUGAAUGAUAUUGUGAGAUAUUUUCUUUUUUUAAUGCUGCUGUCCUUCUGACAUGGACUUAGCAUGUUAUGAAGAAGUGCUGCACAAUUGUGUUUAACAUGAAAAGGAUUUUAGUAGCCUAUGACACAUUUGUCAAGAAUAGUGUGCAAAAAGUCUAAAGCUAAUUUAUGAUGAACAAAAAGCAUACUUGUCACUUUAUGAACUAUGUUUAUAGCUUGUAAACAACUUUGUUUUUGUUUACAUUGAAGUGACAUGGAGAGUAACUGAAAAUGUGUGAUUUAAAGAGGCCAUUGUAGUAACAGGGUUUUAUUUAUUUUGAAUGAAUACUUUUAAUAGAUUGGCUUACCUUUUUGCAUAGGUUUGUAAAUUCGUUGGUUAGUUUGAACCUAGAAUUUCAGUUGAUCUUACUAUAAUAAAAUAGUGUAUUGCAGUUUUUUCAAACAAAAGGUUAAUAUUUGAAAUAAGCUUAAUUCUGGCUCAUGUGUAUUUAUAAAUUUCCUUUGUGAUAUCAGGGAUACGCUUACAAUAAUAAGACAUCAGUGCAUGGAGGCAAAUUAUUUUUGGCUGUUGCAUUCACUUUUUUUCAGUCUGCUGCCUACAGUAUAAGAUUCUGUCUUUGUGGGUUUUGGGAAUGUUCAGAAUGUAAUGUAGGUUGUACUGGUUCUGUGCAUUAAAACUUG